UAUUCGUUGUUGUUUGGUUUUGGUGUUGUUUUGUUAGUCCGCCGCGGUGUUCAUGCAAGAUUAUGUCUUGAAUUUGCAGAAGAAUAGUGUCUCCUUGGUGUCAUCGGGACAAUUUUUAUUAGCUUGAAUAGGAAACAAACAAAUUUUCAAGAUGGGUCGCCGUUCGAUUAACACCACCAAGAGUGGGAAAUACAUGAAUCCCACAGACCAAGCACGUAAAGAAGCCAGGAAGAAAGAGCUUAAGAAAAAUAAGAAGCAGAGGCAGAUGGUGCGGGCAGCUGUCUUGAAAGGAAAAGAUCCACACCAAAUAAUUUCUGAGCUGGAACGUAUUGAUCAGAUGGAAUAUAACGUUCUGCAGCCAUCACCCCUCAAUGAAAAAGUUUUGAAAGACAAGAGAAAGAAGUUGAAAGAUACCCUUGAUAGAGUAUUGAAGAUGUAUGACAAAGAUGAUCCUGAGCGAUGGGCAGAGCUGAAAACUCAAGAGGCAGAUUAUGAAAAACGUCGUACAGCUCUCUUGCAAUAUUAUGAGGCUGUAAGACAUGCCCAACAAGUUCAAAUUGAAGAAAUUCCCCUACCACUUUCCUUGACUGGUGGUAUGCCAGACCUACCUGGUGGGUUAACCGGGCAGAUUCCUCUGCCUGCAGGCCUUCCUUUGCACAUUCCUCCACCUCCUAGUAUUCUCAGGAAGAGGUCUGCUUACAGCCCCUCCCGAAAACCAAAGAAAGCCCCUGGUGUUCCCCCAGGCCCCCCUCCAGAAUUGUCGGAUGAUGAAGAAGACGGAGCGCCAAUGGAUACAACUCCCGUGUCCAUUCCAGCUGGUAGUAGACGUAUCAGGUUUGAAGAUGAUUCUGAUGAGCGACCACCAGGAGAUGACUCCAGAGAUAAAAAUAGUUUUGAUGAUGAUCAAGAUCGAUCCAAAGUCAAUCUAGCUCCCACAUCAAAGCCUCAGCCCACAGCUCUACAGCAAAAGAUGUUGGCCAUGGCAGGCCAGGACAUCGACCAAUUUAUGAAAGAGAUGGAAGAAGUACAUAAGAGAAAAGAAGCAGACCGGCAAGCGGAUCUAGACGCUCGCCUUGCUGCCAUUGCGGACUCAGGUGAAGAGCCCAGAAGAGGUGGCGAGGGAGACCAGGAAGAAGAAAGGGACAGACAAUAUGGAGAAGAAGACAUUGAAGUUCCUGGUUUAUCAACAAAACCACCAGGUCCACCUCCACUGUCAUCCUUACCACCAGGACCACCACCCCUGAUGAGCCUGCCUCACAUGAUGUUCCGGCCUCCACCUCCCGGAGCUCCGCCCCCGCCGCCGCCCAUGGGGUCGGUGCGCGUGCCGCCCGGGCCGCCCCCAGGCCGCCCCCCAGUGCUGCCGCCGUCGCUGCCGCCCGGGCCGCCGCCGGGCCUGCCCCCGCGAGUGCGGCUGCCUCCCGGGCCGCCCCCAGGCAUGCCCCCGCGGCUGGUGCGGAUGCCCGGCGGCGGCAUGAUGUCCAUGUCCAUGCCGCCGCUGCCUGGGAUGCCCGCCCCGCCCCUGGGCAUGCCCCUGGGCCACGGCCCCCACGGCCACGGGCCCCACGGCCACGGCACGCCCAACGUGCUCUCCGCGGCGCCCCAGCUCAUCAACCGCGCCGACGGCGGCGACCCCAAGAAGCUCGGUGCCACCACCAUCGAGGCCAAGCCCCAGAUUAGAAACCUCAGUGCUGAUGUUACUCGAUUCCUUCCGACCGCCCUGCGCGUCAAGCGAGAUGAGAAGAUGCCUGUCAGAACACACAGAGCUCCAGACAUUCGUCCGGAAGUGCUUAUGGCUCGUCAACAUCAACAAGGACCUAUACCACCAGGCAGAACCAAGGAUGAUGCUUACCAGCAAUUCAUGCGUGAAAUGGAAGGCCUUCUGUAGAUGUUAUUAGGUUUUUUUAAAUAUUAUUGAUUUGAAUGUCUUUCAUGAUUGAUGUGAAUGUUUUUUUCAUGAUUGAUGUGAAUGUUUUGUUCAUGAUUGAUGUGAAUGUUUUUUUCAUGAUUGAUUUGAAUGUUUUUGUUUGUGAUUGACUCAAAAUGUGUAUAUAUGUAUUCUAAAUAAAACUUGAAUUGAACAGA